AUGAUUCGAUUUCGCAGUGUAAAUGUUAGAUCAUACUCUUCACUUAGGAAGCUUGCCACCUCCAGCUUAGUCGCUGUUGACAGCGCCAAAUGCUUUCAACAAUCACUCUCAGAUAAUUCGACACUGGCGAAACUAGCAAAGGCUUACAAAACAGGGAAAUUCGGAGUCGCUGCAAGUAACACUGAAAUGUUUGAUGAUCUGAACUCCGAUAGAUCACUCCCGUUGGUUCGGUUUCCUAAAUUGCAGGUUUUUGAAGAGGUGCAGAACGAUCCAAAAGUUGGUGACUGGAGAAAACCGGCAACAAAGUGGUUUCGUCUCGGGAAAAAGCUUCUCAAGAUGUAUUUGAAUGGUAUCAAAGACACAUGGAGGGUAUUUUACGACUCUAGAAAGGUUCUGCAGAAAAUUGGAAACUCUCAGUCGAUAAUAACGCUGACCUAUAGAGAUUUAGAAUUCCAGGAAAUCCAAAAUCGAAUAAAGCCUGGGAGCCCAGUGCGACUGGCCAUCACCAGAAGAGAGCUCCAAGAGAUUUACAGGCGACAGGAGCUCUGGAAAUUGCCUGCGUUUUUUGUUUUGUUACUGAUUUUCGAAGAAACGUUACCUGUCAUUUGCUUCCUCGUUCCAUCACUUGUGCCUUGGAACUGUCUGACGCCAGGUGCGUACAAAAAACUAUCCGAACGUCGAAUAGUUUCUCAAAGUCUUCUGCCGUUUUAUCAGCUUCCCACAUCAUCUCCGAGCUACACUCCUCCCUACGCUCUAGAACUCUCACAUACUACCGAUUUACUCAAACGCUUUAAAAUGCUAUCCAAGACAAAGGCCUACCUUUAUAGCUGGUCCGAAAAUAGAACUCGGCUAGGCGAACUUUUGGCACAAUUCCAUCAAUAUUUGGUGCUGGACGAUUGGCUUCUCUUGCAAAGCAUAUUGAACACAGACCAGAAAACCAUUCUUUCCGAAAAAGAGCUUGUUAAUGCCAUCCUCGAUAGACAACUCUAUCGACCAGGUGAAGAUCUAAAUUAUUUGACAUCCAAUGAAAUCGGACGCAAAAUGCUUAUAUGGCGUCUCAUUGUAUAUUGGUCCUUCAGGUUUCAGGGUACAGCGGUUACGGGCGGAUCCAAGACAUUUUCAGAGCUGUGGGGUGUAAAUAAUAUUGGUGUUCUAAACUGUCCUGGUACCCAGCAACUCAUCGAUGAGUCGAUCCUUUCUGUUAUCGAAGGUUGA